UGACUCAUGAAGUAAACUGAAUAGCUGCUGAAGACCUGAUACUCUGCAGUGGGGGCAGGCGGACAAUAUGAGGAGGUUGCCGGUUCGAUUCCUGCUCUUUUUUUUGAUCUGGAAGGUCACCUUUGGCACACAACCUCCACUGCCACAGGAAGUGGAUAUUUUGCGUUUGACCCAACAGUCGACAUGGACAUCUAAUCCUAAAAAUGAGUUCAAUAAGAUCAAUAUGCCCCUUGGGGGCAUGAGUCCGGUGCCAGUGCUCCAGGCCUGUGCCCGUACUGACAGGAGGAGUGUUCUCAGUGAGUGGACAAAGCUCGGAGACGCUACACAUCUGUAUGUGGACAUCACCUUGGCCCUGGAGAGGGAGGUGUCUGGUCAGCCUGUCCCACUGCAGCUCCAUCUGCUUGACUCCAGAUUCCCCAGCAGACAGAUAUCAGAGCGCUGGAGAGUGCGGAACAUCAAUGUGUCCCGGCCGUUUCCAUCUACUCCCCAUCCAGCUGAACUGUCCCAGUACUUCAGCGCCCACACGGCCUUGGAUCUGGGCCCUGUCAGGAACACAGGCUUCCAGCUGGGACUGUCCUACACGGGGACAUGUGUGCUGGUUUCUUCUAUCAGGGUCUUCUACAGAAGGUGUCCAGACAUGGUGCUGGCCCUCAGUUCCUUCUCUGGGGCUGCUGGAGGCUCAGGGCCAGUGAGGGGCUCCUGUCUGCAAUGGGCAGUGGAGGAGGGGGGCCCUCUUGAGAGAAACUGCAGUGUAGAGGGAGUGUGGGGGCCACAGCAGGGACAGUGUGUCUGUGAACCAGGGCACCAGCAAGUGUCUGAUCACUGCCAAGCCUGUGGAAUAGGGUUGUACAGAUGGGCCAAUCAGAGUGGAGUAUGUCAGAAGUGCCCUCCACACAGUGAGACUCUCACAGUGGGCUCAGAUAGGUGUGAGUGCAUGCCGGGCUACAGCCGCCUACCCUCUGACCACCAUGACCUGGGCUGUGCAAAGCCACCCUCAGCUCCAAUGAAUCUGAAAGCCCACGACUAUAAUGUCUCUGUUCUGGUUCUUACAUGGAACCCUCCUAUUGACCAUGGGGGUAGGUUGGACAUAUUCUACCAAGUCCAGUGUGAGACAUGCGGACAACAUAGUGACCAGUGGAAAACAUGUGAUGGAGUUCUUUUCCUGCGUGACUCCCUGACCACUACAUCUGUGAACCUCUCUGGGGUUAACCCCUACCAGGACUACAGGCUGUCAGUACAGGCCCGGAAUGACAUAUCCAUCCUGCAGGGGGUGUCGCUCUCCUCCACUGCCACUAUAACUAUUCAGAGAUGGAGAGUGCCCCCUGUGCCAACAGUAAACGUCACACCUAACCCUGAAAUGGAGGCCCAGGUAACAGUGUCCCAGCAGCACAGGGGCCUAUUCUUGUGGGUCACUUUGGGGGUCCUGUUUGGAGUCCUGCUUCUUUUGACUGUCAUCCCCAUCGCAGUGUGUAUCUUCCAACACAAGUACUCUAAACUCAGAUCAGAGCAGGAUGUAGAGCUAAUCCCCAUAAACCCUGAGGUCUCAUACAGACGUUCGCAACAAAUGGUUGAGCUCACCUCACAACAAACCAACACAGUGUCCCAGGCUGGAGCAGAGAGUGUGCUGCAGUUGUUGGAGGGGCUUGGGGGAAGACUGGCCGCUUCACUGAAGGAGGUCCUGGUGGAGAGGCGUCAGCUCACUCUGGGCAAGGAACUAGGCAAAGGAGAGUUUGGGUCCGUCUAUGAGGCAAUCUUUACUGAAGAGGAUGAUGUGAACAUUAAGGUUGCAGUGAAAACCAUGAGAGUUGGAUUUCAUACCCAGGAAGACCUACAUGAGUUUCUGAGAGAGGCUGAGAUUAUGAAGAACUUCAGUCAUGACAAUGUUGUGCGACUACUUGGGGUGACUCUACAGCGGGAGGAGGACAGCACUGUGCCUGUCCCUUUGGUAAUUCUGCCCUACAUGAAACAUGGGGAUCUGCGUCGCUUUCUCAUCGCUACACGCUAUGGAGACAUUCCCAUGUUUGUGCCAUACCAGACUCUACUGCGUUUCAUGGUGGACAUUGGUGAGGGGAUGGACUAUCUCAGUUCCCAGGGUUUUCUGCACAGAGAUCUGGCAGCUCGCAAUUGCAUGUUAGGCGAUGACCUCAAGGUGCGUGUGGCAGAUUUUGGACUUUCCAGAAAAAUCUACGACAACAAUUAUUAUCGUCAAAAAGAAGCCAUCCGAGUGCCGAUUAAAUGGAUGGCUAUAGAGAGUCUGUCUGAGUCUGUCUAUACCACAAAGAGUGAUGUCUGGUCAUUUGGGAUCACCAUGUGGGAAAUAGUGUCCCGUGGGAGAACACCAUAUCCUGGAGUCCAUAAUCAUGAGCUGUUGGACCUACUGCUGACUGGAUACAGACUCAAAGCUCCAGGCGACUGUGACCCAAAACUGUGGGAAGUGAUGCAUACCUGCUGGGAGAAGCAACCCUCUCAGAGGCCUGGCUUCAGAGAACUUGCGGACAGACUCAAAGCUCUUCUGUCAGAACUGCCUGCACUGGAGGAAUGUCAGGAGGCCACCUACAUAAACCAGGGCCUGGAGGCAGCUGCUGCUGCAGCUGACUGCCUCACUCCACUCAGCCACUCUAGAGAAGGCACCAAUGAGAAUGUGUACCUGCCUGCACCUGUGGGAGCUGCUGCUCCACAACGAGAGGAAGAUAUAGAAAUUGAAGAUGGAUAUCUCAAAUCUAUGCCUAUUACUGAAUCAGAGUCAGAGGUCUAAAGUAAAUAUACUAGGAUAUGUUUUGUAAUGUUUUUUGUGAUCAAAUUUUUAUUCAAGUAUCAAUCUCUAGUGGGGGGGGGAAUAUGUUUUUAAUGUUAUUUGUAUAUAUAUUUUAGAUUGCAUGGGUAAAACCAAUAUGUAAAAAGUUUGCUAAUUUGCUAGUUUGUCUAUUUUG